AUGGCUGAGUUCAGUCCUAGCAUCAUACCGCUGUUGUGUCAAUCAUUCUCUUUCCAUCGCAGGUUCUUAAUCAAGUUUUUGGCCAAAUUAGCAGAACACCAAGAAGUGAACAAGAUGACACCCAGCAAUAUUGCAAUCGUUCUCGGUCCAAACCUCCUGUGGGCCAGAUCUGACGGAGAUCCAUCUAUACUGGACAUGGCUUCCGCCUCUCCCAUCUUGGUGGUGUCAGUGGUUGAGGGUUUGAUAAGCUGCUCUGCAGAAGUCUUCCCAGGAGAUGUAGAUUUUGGGGUUCCAGAAGAAGGUCCGUCCUCCCCACAGGCACCGUCCACACCACAAAUGUCCGGAACGCUCCCGAAGUUUGAGAGCGCCAACCUUCCAAACUUCUCCAACGUCGCUGGUGUCAGCCGUCAGUACAGAAAUAGACGGUGAGGCUAACGAUACCCAAGAGCCAUCUGCCGGCAGGGCAGCUCCUGUGAAGACGCUGCCACCUACUGACGAGAGUAAUGCCAUGGGGACACUGGGGGAGUCCAGCCCCAGUACAGCCAGGAAAGUGAAGAGACCGGCUCCUCUGCGGCCCAGCAUGCCACCGCCGACACACCCCCGAGGAGCCCACGACCGGCGAGCCAUCCGAUGAACUCCAGAACCCGCGUCCUGUUCCAAGGAGGAAUAUCGGUGGAAGCCUGAAGGUGCCCAAUCAGCCCCCUCCUCACCCGCCAGCACCCAAAGCGACCAAUGUGAAGCCUGAGGCCGGCGAGGCCGAUCCGUCCAGGAAACCACCCCCCCACGCCGCUGCCCAGAAAUCGCAUCCAGUCUACAGACAACUAA